GUCGUUUUUCCGGAAGCGACGGGAUUCGGAAUCUUGCUCCAAAUGGGGCAGCAGCCGGCCGGUUGUGGGUGAGCGGUGCGUGGCGCGGCGCGUGGCGGCGGCGGGACCCCAGCUCAGGCCGGGAUGUUCGUCCUGGUGGAGAUGGUGGACACUGUGCGGAUACCUCCGUGGCAGUUUGAGAGGAAACUCAACGACUCUAUUGCGGAAGAGCUUAACAAGAAGUUGGCCAAUAAGGUUGUGUACAGCGUGGGGCUCUGCAUCUGUCUGUUCGACAUCACUAAGCUGGAGGAUGCCUACGUGUUCCCAGGGGAUGGCGCAUCGCACACCAAAGGGGCCCCACCCAGUGACGACGCUGAGCAGGUGUGGGUGUGGGAGUAUGAGACCGAGGAAGGCGCACACGACCUGUACAUGGAUAUCGGGGAGGAGCUCCGCUUCCGGGUGGUGGAUGAGAGCUUUGUGGACACGUCCCCCACUGGCCCCAGCGCUGCCGGGGUGGCCUCAUCUGGCGAGGAGCUGCCGAAGAAGGAGGCUCCAUACACACUUGUGGGAUCCAUUAGUGAGCCAGGCCUGGGUCUUCUCUCCUGGUGGACUAGCAGCUAGCCCUGGGCGUGACAGCAGACCCCGUCCAGUCCAAGACACCAGCGCAGCGCUCGGGAAGGUGGUGCUGUGAAGACAGCAGCAGCUUCUGCAGACUCCUGGGUGGAGGGGUGUGCCCACCACAUUGUCUCUUUCUCCGCCGCCCUGGCCCUGCUCCUCUCCCCAGAGUGUUCCCUGGAGGGCCGG